AACUUUAUUAGAGCAAUAAUAUCAUCAACGCCAUCUAACGAAAGAACAAUGCGAUUUCUGUAUUCAUAUGGGUGUGCUGCAAAAUGUUUGGUCUUAAGAAACAUAUUUGGGUUUAUCUAAUUUGAAAUAUAAAUGUGUUACAAUAAGAGAUAUAUCAAAAACGCUCACCGCUAACUGUUUUCUGAUAAUAGUGAUGCGUUCUCAGUCAGAUACUGGUUUACAGAUAAGGACAGAAUACUUAACCUGCAAACAUCUGUGUAUGAAGCAACGAAGCGACAAUGUUCGUUUGAUAAAUAACAGAACGAGUCCUUAUUUUAGUUGUUAUUACUUGUUAUUACUUGUUAUCGUGUUUCUUAUCGACUGUUUUAAAUAAAAUGCCAGUUAUAUUAGUAAAAUGUCAAUGAAAACGUAACAUAUUUACUAGAAACGUGGCUCAGUGUCAGCAUGGGUGACAAUAACUUAAUAUUUGUGGGAACUUUUGCAUCGUCGAAGGCUUUAAAUGAUUUCAUCAUAUUCAACGGAUUUUUGGCAGUGGAAAAUGGAAAGAUAACCAGAAUAGGCAGUACAGUGGAAUAUGAAACUAAAAAAAGGGAAGGAGCCUUCACGAACUUCAAAAUUGUCAAAUUAAACGAAGACCAGUUCAUUGUUCCGGGUUUCGUGGACUGCCACACGCACGCUCCACAGUUUCCCAACAUUGGGCUGGGGUUAGACCGACCUCUUCUUGAAUGGCUGGCCAAGUACACGUUCCCGUUAGAGAGUCGUUAUGGCGAUACAGAAUUUGCUAGCAAAGUGUACGAUAUUGUUGUGAAACGACUAUUGAAUAAUGGUACUACAACAGCGUGCUACUUCGGUUCGUUACAUCUCAAUGGUACUAUGGAAUUAGCAAAAAGCGUCCUAAGGCAUCACCAGAGGGCGCUUGUGGGUAAGGUUAGCAUGAACCUAAAGAAUGACGCUGGAUACUACAAUGAAACAGCAAAAGAAUUGGCCGAAGUUGAAACUUUUGUUAAAAACAUUUUGGAUUACAAGAAUGACCUAUUACAACCAGUAAUUACACCGAGAUUCGCAAUCAGUUGUGAUAAACAACUCAUGACGGGAUUGGCAGAUAUAUCAGAAACUUACAACUGUAGAAUUCAGAGCCACAUAUCAGAGAAUCAAAGUGAAAUAGAGAAUGUGCUACAAAUGUUCCCAGAAUGUAAAAGCUAUACAGAUAUUUACGAUAAGAGCCGUAUUCUAAAUAACAGGUGCAUAAUGGCGCAUGCGAUAUACUUAUCGGAAGAGGAGACGAGGACACUCGCAUCUAAGGGCGUGUCCAUAGCGCACUGUCCAUCAUCCAACACCAGACUUAAGUCGGGACUCUGCCACGUCAGGAAGUACAUAGAUAAUCAACUCGUCGUUGGACUCGGAACCGGUAUUUCUUUCAAAUUAUCAUUAUUAAUCAAAUAAAACAAAAGAAGUAUGAUAUGUCAUACUUCUUUGAUUUAUCAUUUGAUUUACGAAGUUUCUAUCACUUUUUAAUUGGACUUCUCUGUAUGAAAUAAAAAAAGGAAGAAAAAAGCAGCUCUCGCUGAC